CGUGACUGAAUUUUACCGAGAAUGAUCCCAGCGACGCAACUAUCGCAGCUGCCCCAGGAUGUGCGGAAACUGGUUCGGAGAGUGUACAUGAAUCGUUCGGUUGCAGACUUUGAGAAGUUGUGCAAUCGACUUUCAGAUUGCUCCGCAUCCGAGCUAUGUAUACUGCAGCCAGUGCUCUACAUGUAUCUCGAUCCAGACCGCAUUCCUGCGAAGUCAACUCCAGCCGCUGCCACUGAUAUAGAGCUCGUCUACAGAUCACUUCUCGUAAUUGUUGCAACUUUGGGUUACAUCGAUGGUUCUGGUAUUGGCUCGGCAGGUUCGGAAAAGCAAUAUCUUAUUUCCGCCUGGAACCGUGUCGCUCCCUGGCUUAUCUUCUUUCAUGACCAAUUCAUCAUGUGCAGAGCCAACUAUCGACCCGUCGACAAGAUGGCUGCCAUCAGGGUUGUUGCUAGCUUACUAUUUCAUGUUUUAAUCGUUAGUGACAAGCGCAGCGGAGCCACAUUGCUUACCACUCCUGCCCUUUAUCGCCCGAUCGCAGAGUUGUGGUUGUUAGCCCUGGAAACCAAAGACAAAGAUGUAGUGUGCUUGUCUUCGUCAUCCGGCCCCGCUCACAUCACUUCUUUUCGAGUUUUCGGCUCCUUUUCGGUUUCAUCAUGCAUUCAGGACGAAUCCUUUGUGCCCAUACUACUCGAAGUGUCAGGUGGCAUUGACGCCGUCACUUCUGCAGCUCUGAAAUAUCUCAAGAGCUUACGAUCGAUGGCUAAGGACCCUGAUAUAGCUUCCAAUGCUGUCAAGCUCAAGCUGCUUAUACCAAUGUUUUCGCACUGUAUCAGAAUUAUCGCAACGACGAGCAUGCUCGAUGCGGCGAUACGGGAAGCAUACGUCCUCCGGCAGUCCGUCAAAGAAAUUUUUUGGGCUCUCCAUGUUCUUCAGUCUCUUCCUCUGGGCAAAGAGAGCAUGCCGCAAGCCCUUGCCCCAAGUUUUACUUACCUCGACUUUCUCCUUAAACGUGCCGACGACCCUGUAUCAGCACUCCAUCAAGCCCUUUGCGCACGCGCCUUCGAAACAAUGGUACAUAUAAGUCCUUCCGGACCCCUGCCAGUGGAGAUGAAGGUAGUGGAGACGGAUCCUCGUAGGAUCAACGAAGCUUUUUUUUGGAUCUUAUUCAAAUACAUUCUUCACGACAAAAUCUUGUCCUACGUCUGUAAACACGUGGACGCCUGGUCUAAUGAUCUCGGACCAGUCGUGAGACAAGAGAAACACCUCUUGGAUAUCUGGUCCCACAUAGAGCAGACCAUUCGAGCAUAUGGGGCACUUAGGUUCAAGGCAGAAACGAUAUGUUGGCCAUCACCGAGUGAAAAGGGCUGGGUUCUACAAUGUCACUGCGGUGGUACUGCAGAAGACAUUCGCUUCAGGCAAUGUGCGGGAUGUCAAGUUGUGCGGUAUUGCUCAAAGCGAUGCCAACGUGAUUCCUGGCACAGUCACCAUAGGUUGAGCUGUAAUUUUUUAAAGGCAGCUGUCGGGUCAUCGACACCGCACCGCAUGAAACGUAGUCUGCGUCUGCUAGCCGCUGUAGAAGUGGCCCAUAAGCAGCGCAAGUGGGACAAUAUUCUGAGAUUAGUCGCCGCUGCACAGUGUAAAUAUCCGGAAGAUCAGGAAAGGCUCGUGGUCGAGCUAGCUCUUGAUAAGCGCCAAGAAUCGGUUCGACCUCUUCGAGACUACCUCUUCCUGUUCAAUGGCCUCUCUGAAAAUGAGGUCGUGGACCGCUUAUCAUCUUGGCCAGAUACUAGGGGCCAACUUGAAGGACUUCAAGGACCAUUCCUUUGUUCGGUCAUCACGAUACACGAUCGAUAUUGGUCGCGGCAAAUUUUAUUCAGUCCGUGUAUGGCAUUAGAUAUGGAGAUAUAUGGAGAUAGUGCCACAAACGCUCAGCCGUAACCUUCAGGAUGUACAUUGUUUGGCGGGACUUGCUUGCGUUUGUUCUUUGAUCUGCUGUGUCGGGUCGUGCCGGCCCCGACAAGGGAUGACGCAGUCAGAUCACUUCUGAUUAAUAGUAGCACGAAGGUUCAUUAAUCAUUGCUUUCUCCAAUCGCCCUGUUUACCCCUCACGCACUGUAUAUGUAGUACAAUUCAACUGGAGCUAUUUAGAUAUAUAUUACCUCAGAGUGAAGUCUUUUCGGAUCGUAGACCCUG